UUUUGGGCAAGGCUAUUCACUAUAAAAUACCUCCCUAUCAUGGAAACUGCACAGUUGCUCAGCACAGAUCACACACUUAGCACCAUGAACUCCUUUAUUGUAGUAAUUCUCGCCGUUUUGGCCACUUCUCAAGCCAGUGGCAUCGCCUCUUACGGCGCCAAAAUUCUACAAGGGCCAAGCAGCAGAACCACUGUCAUCGGAAACGAUGGUAGCGCUAUUUCCGCUGUUGCCCCUGGAGGUUCCAUUGUCACUGAAGAACAUCACGGAUUAAUCGCCCACGCCGCACCUGCUGUAGUAGCCCACCACGCUCCCGUAUUUGCUCACGCCGCCCCAGCCGUCGUAGCCGCCCACGCUGCCCCCGUUGCCGUCGCCGCUCACGCCGCUCCCGCCGUCGCCGUCGCUCAUUCCGCCCCUGUUGCUGUAGCCCACUCCGCUCAUUCCGUAGUUCACUCUGCUCCAGCUGUCGUAGCUCAUCAUGCUCCUGUUGCUGUAGCUCAUCAUGCAGCUCCCGUGGCUGUAGCUCAUCACGCGGCUGUAGCUCAUCAUGCGGCUCCCCUUGCUGUAGCUCAUCAUGCGGCUCCCCUUGCUGUAGCUCAUCAUGCGGCUCCCGUUGCUGUAGCUCAUCACGCAGCUCCCUUGGCUGUCGCUCAUCACGCAGCUCCUUUGGCUGUAGCCCACGCUGCCCCCGCUGUUGUAGCUCACCAUGGUGCUCAUGCUGUCGCUGACUCUGCUAUUGUAGGACCCUCUGGCAGUGUUGUCACUGGUAGGGCUCAUGUAGCUCCAGCUGUUGCUGUAGCUCAUGCCGCCCCUGUUCUUGCACAUUCAGCCCAUGCUGUUGUUUCACAUUCAGUUCCUUAUGCUAAUGUUUGGUAAUUUUAGCAAGUUUUGUUAGUGCCGUUAAUUUUUUCGAUUUAUUAGAAAAAAUUUCGGUUGCUGUUUUUUGAUAAUGACAAGCUUGUUGAUUUAUAGACUAGGUUAAAUUAUUGAACUGAAAAUGAAUUUGUAUAAAUGUAUAAAAUGUAUAUAAAUAAAAAUAUCGAGCAUUUCA